AUGGAUGUCAAAUCGGCAUUCUUGAAUGGAAUUCUUGAGGAAGAAGUCUAUGUGGAACAACCAUUGGGUUAUGAAGUCAAGGUAUUUACCGAAAACAAUCCUAGCAUGUUUGAUGAGUUCAAAAGAGAGAUGGCAAAGGACUUUGAAAUAACGGACAUUGGUCUCAUGAGUUACUAUCUUGGGAUUGAGGUCAAACAAGGUGAAGAUGGGAUUUUUAUAUCCCAAGAGGGCUAUGUUAAAAAAGUGCUCAAGAAGUUCAAUAUGAAUGAUGCUAAUCCAUUUGGAACCCCGAUGGAAUGUGGAGUCAAAAUCACUAAGCAAGAUGGAGGAGAGAAGGUAAAUUCUACAUAUUUUAAAAGCUUGGUUGAAAGUUUGAGAUACUUGACAUGUACAAGACCGGAUAUUUUUUAUUCGGUUGGAAUUAUUAGUCGAUUUAUGGAGGAACCGACAACAACACAUUGCAAAAUGACAAAAAUGAUAUUUCGCUACAUCAAAGGGACGAUUGGGUAUGGUCUUUUCUAUGUCUCUUCUAGCAAUUUUGAUAUUGUUGGUUAUUGUGAUAGUGAUUGGAGUAGUGAUUUGGAUGAUUGA